AUGCAAAAAGUCGAUAGCCUCGUUGAGCGCGCGCGCCAUCUUUCGCUACAUCCUUCCACUUCAACUGCAGGAUCUCUGGAUGCGCAUUUACAGAAAAUAUAUGAGUCGUUUUCUGCAUCUGAGGUGUCAAAGGUGGAUUUUUUGAGUCAUGUUCAAUGGGAUAAGCCUGCCGUUCAGGUCCAGACUCAGCCUCAGUCUGUCAUUUCCGCUGAAGCUGAAGCUGACCCGUUGGCUUCUCUGUAUGCCUUUCGGGCGUAUAUGAGAGAUCCAGCGUCUUGUGCUCAGGGUCCUGCAAAGGAACUUGAUCUAUCAGCGCCUCUUUCGGAUUAUUUUAUCUCGUCUAGUCAUAAUACGUAUUUGACGGGGAAUCAGCUAUAUAGUGAUGCAGCCGCGAGUGCGUAUACAUCGGUUCUUCUUCAGGGUUGUCGCUCUGUAGAAAUCGAUGUUUGGGACGGGGAGCCCAUAGACCCAAAUGAAACUGAAGAUAGCAGUGACAGUAACGAUGCUGAAGCCGAGGGCAAGAAAUCAACACUCAAGUCCAGAAUCAAGGAUACUAUCAAGUCCAAGUUUGACUCUGAGGAGAAAGCAGCGAAGGGGGCAUUGGAAGAUGCUCUUCACAGGAAAUCAAAGUCUUCCGACGCUGUUACUGGUGACCAGUCUCCUGUCCUGGGUGAACCGCGCGUUCUUCAUGGACAUACAUUGACCAAGGGAACCAAGUUCCGUGAUAUCUGCUACGCUAUUCGUGAUAGUGCGUUCGUGAACUCCGAUCUACCGGUGAUCAUCAGUUUCGAAGUUCAUGCGUGCUUGGAGCAGCAGCAGCAGAUGGUGGAUAUCAUCAAUGAAGCUUGGAAAGGCUUGCUUGUUGAAGUGCCUUCUGGUGUUGACGCUGAUAAGCUGCCCACGCUGGCUCAGCUUAAACGUAAGAUCUUGAUCAAGACUAAGUCGAUGCCUCUGACGGAGUCUGAUGAGACUCCUGAAGCAUUGGAAGAGACUGAUGGGUCGGGAGGUGUGCAGCAAAAGCCUGCUAAGCCAUCCAAGGUCCUGGAAGCACUCGCAAAGCUGGCGAUUUAUACCCGAGCAUACCAUUUCAGCAACUUUGAGCAACCGGAGGCCAAGGUACCAGGACAUGUCUUCUCACUAUCUGAAAGGUCAGCCCGAGAAGCACACGAGAAAUACCGCGAUGCACUUUUCGCCCACAACCGGUGUGCAAUGAUGCGAAUCUACCCAUAUGCUCUGCGAGUCACAUCCUCAAACCUGGACCCAACAUUCCACUGGCGUCGCGGCGCACAACUCGUAGCGCUGAACUGGCAAAACGUCGACAAAGGCAUGAUGCUGAACCACGGCAUGUUCGAUGGAACUCAGGGCUGGGAACUGAAACCCAACGGAUAUCGUAGUUCCGAAGCACCAACCGAUUCCAUCUUGCGCACAUCAUCCCUCGAUCUCACUAUUGAAGUCUUCGCGGCCCAGGACUUACCCCUCCCGCCGAAUCAUACCGAAAAGGGAUUCCGCCCGUACCUCGUCUGCCAGUUACAUGUUGAGGAGCCUGAGGGUCCUGUUGCCGCUGAUCGUGAUGAUGCGAGCUCAGAUACGGAGAAAAGUAGCUAUCGCCGUCGUACGAAGACGUUGACGGGCAGGAAUCCGGAUUUCAAGGCACAGAAAUUGAUUUUUCCUACUGUGGAAGGUGUAGUUGAAGAGCUCAGUUUCGUUCGUUUCAAAAUCAAGGAUGAUGAACUUCUUGGUCGUGAUGCCAUGGCUGCAUGGGCUUGUAUUCGACUUGAUCGGCUACGAGAGGGAUAUCGACUUGUUCAUCUUUAUGAUAGCACUGGGGAAAAAACAACCGGGAUGUUAUUGGUUCGAAUCACAAAGCAAGUCGCUUAA